AUGUCGUCCAGCAGCGCGCGCAGGGGGGUUGGCGCCGGCGGCGGGCACUUCCCGGUGGGCCGGCGCCGCCACGUGCCGGUGGUCGACACCGGGUGCAGCUGCCGCCCGCGCCGGCCGAGGGUGCAGCUCAGCCUGCCGUCUUUCCUCAAGCCUUCCUUAUUCGCGAGCAGGCCUUCCGCGUCGGCGGGGCCGGCGAGGAGCAACAGCUCGUCCAGCCUCUUCCCGUCAUCCUCCUCCACCGCCUCCUUCUCCACCAGCUACGCCUCCUCCAACUGCUCCAACUACUACUCCUCCUACCACGGCUUCGGCGCCGCUCCCAAGAAGCAAGAACACCUUCCCGCGCCCAAGCUGCAGGUCCCAACGGCGAUGCCGGCUUCCCCGGCCAACAAGAUGCAGCCGGCGGCGAGCGCGAACAGGAAGCAGAAGAAUAGGUGUGGUUACGUGGAGAAGAGAGCGGCCACGGCGGCGGAGGCGGAGCCGGAGCCGGAGGACGUCGGGCUGGCGGUGGAGAAGGACUCGUCGGACCCGCGCGCCGACUUCAGGGAGAGCAUGGUGCAGAUGGUGGUCGAGACGGGGCUCUGCAGCUGGGACGACCUCCGCUGCAUGCUCCGCCGCCUGCUCGCCCUCAACUCCCCGCGCCACCACGCCGCCAUCCUCACCGCCUUCGCCGAGCUCUGCGCCCAGCUUGCCUCGCCGCCCCCGCCCGCCGCGGCGGCGUCUUCCUACCACUACAACCUCUAG